AUUUGUGAAAUUUAAGAAUUGUAACUGCUGUUCUGAUUCAUGGAUCUUCAAAGAAAGCAGAGAAGAUUUCAGGAUUUACGAAGGUGCUGGUUUGUGCAGAUUUGAAGACCAAUAUCUUAUGAGCUUAUAAAACAGGAGCUGGAAAUAGAAUGGUGAACAAAACGGUUGGUUCCUGCUCUGUCAGAACCUAAGGUUUAGUGAGGAAGAUAAAACCAAGCAAACAAGCAACAAAGACCUGUUUGAGAUGUGGUGGUUUCAGCAAGGCCUCAGUUUCCUCCCUUCGGCCGUAGUAAUUUGGACAGCUGCUGCUUUCAUAUUUUCGUACAUUAUGGCCAUAACACUUCACCAUGUUGACCCUGCUCUGCCUUAUAUCAGUGACACUGGUACAGUAGCUCCAGAAAAAUGCUUGUUUGGGGCUAUGUUAAAUAUUGCCACAGUUUUGUGCAUUGCUACCAUUUAUGUUCGUUAUAAGCAAGUUCAUGCCCUGAAUCCUGAAGAGAGUCGUAUCAUCAAAUUAAACAAGGCUGGCCUUGUACUUGGGUUACUGAGUUGUUUUGGACUUUCUGUUGUGGCAAACUUCCAGAAAACAGCCUUUUUUGUUGUGCAUGUAUGUGGAGCUGUGCUCACCUUUGGUAUGGGCUCGUUAUACAUGUUCGUUCAGACCAUCCUUUCCUACCAAAUGCAGCCCAAAAUUCAUGGCAAACAAGUCUUCUGGAUCAGACUACUGGUGGUUAUCUGGUGUGGAGUAAGUGCAUUUAGCAUGCUGACUUGCUCAUCCCUUUUGCACAGUGGGAAUUUCGGCACAGAUAUCAUACAGAAACUCCAUUGGAACCCUGAGGACAGAGGUUAUGUGCUUCACAUGAUCAUCACUGCAGCGGAAUGGUCUAUGUCUUUCUCCUUCUUUGGUUUUUUCCUGACUUACAUCCGUGAUUUUCAGAAAAUUUCUUUACGAGUGGAAGCCAAUUUACAUGGAUUAACUCUCUAUGACACUGCUCCUUGCCCUGUGAACAAUGAACGAACACGGCUGCUUUCCAGAGAUUUAUGAUGAAGGGGUAAAAUAUAUCUGUGAUGAUUAUGAUUCUCAGGGAUUGGGGGAAAUGUUCAUGAAAGUUCCUUAUUCUGCUCUGAAAUUUUUAACCAGUUAAUCAAGGCUGACAGUGAUGUUGAUGAAUACUGAUAAUCAAGAGACAUAAAUAAAGCCAUUUCACAAGUUAUUUUAAAGGAUAUCUUCAAGAAGACCACGUAAAAACAUUUAUGCCUAUACUUUUUUUAAUCCCAGAAAAUAAAACCAAAGGACUACAACA